GUAUUUUCAGUUAAUACAUUUAAGAUUAUGGGAAAUACUUUUUUAGACGCAAGGCUGCGAGUAUAACAAUUUUUUUGUCUAAAGGUGCACGGUAGCUUUUGCCAACAAACCUCUGGCAUAAGGGUAUUUGAGUCAAAGAUCAUCUAUUACACCUCACAUAUUUGCUGUGUGACUAUUUUUUUCACAGAAUACGCGAAAAAACGUUUGUCACGUUUUGAGGACCUGGGUGGUAUCUCCUGUAAACGGAGAAAUCUCAAAUAGAUGCUUCGCAGCUCGAGGAGAGAUCCUGGGUAGUUUGUUCGCAGUGUUAACUCCUGACUACGAGUUGAGGUUGCAAAUGCAAGCGUUUAAGUUUGAGUUCACUUUGAUGCACUAACGUCACUGUAUUGCUGCAUACAGUCUACAGCUUGAAACUCUUAUCAAGUUCAUCGUGUUCUGGAGGAGUGUCCAAACCAGAUAGGAAAUUGACGCAAGUUAAUGAAGAUAGAGUGUUUACUAAGAUCGCAUCUGAAAAGCAAGUACUCAUGUUCAGUGUAAUGGAAGGUAAAUAACUUUUUAUGAGGAGGAAAUUCUCACUGAUUUUGCUGUACGCUUCAGAGAUACAAGCAAUUUUGAUCGACAUAGCUGUGGGCUGCAAGUUACACAAACAAACGCAGUCUUUCCCAGCAGGUAUAGUUUGUUAUCAUUUUCACCUAACACACCGAAGCUAUGGAAAAAACUGAGAACGAUUCAAACAUUAUCACGAAUCGCACAAGUUCCGACAUUCUUACGUGCUCUAUUUGCUUGGAAAGUGUUCGCAAGCAACGAGCGAGCACCCACCAAAAAUGCGCCGCUGCCUUCUGCGAGUCGUGCCUUGGCGCCUACAUACGAUUAGAAAUAACCCAGGGGAAAUGGAAAGUUGAAUGCGCGAACUGCAGCUCGUUGCUUGCUAAAGAAAUAAUCCAUAAGUUCUUGGAGGAGUACCCUUUACUUCAAGAGCAUUUCACUCGUCUGGUAGCAGAUGCGAACCAAGAUCCUCUGGUCAAAACAUGUCCAAAUUGCGGCGGAAGAAAACGCGUUAAGAAUCACAAAACAAAACGAGUAGCGUGUGAAGAGUGUCAUUUCGACUGGUGCUUUACAUGCCAUGCUCCAUGGCAUAAAUCAAUGAGCUGCAAGGACUUUAAACGAGGAAACAAGAUGUUUAAAAAAUGGACGAAAGACACCACCGAAUGUGGACUCGUAAGCAGUAGACGUUUACGAUUAAGGUUUGAAUGAAGCUA